AUGGGGUCCAGGCGCCGAGCAAAGCGUCCGAGUUCUGCGGCGACCGAGGUUGCAGAGAAAAAGGUCGAUGAGGAGGCGAAUACAAAAGAAGCCGAAACGACGACUUUGUCACCCAAAGUAAGCGAACAUCCAGCAAGCGAGUCGAAUGUAGAACAGCCGCCUGCAGUGCCCCUGCCAGCAGCUGAAGAGCCAGAAGCACCCGCACUCGCACCCGCACCCGCACCCGCACCCGCACCGAAACCGUCCAGACGGGCGCUCCAACGGUUGCGUGGAUGGGAGCCUGUGAUAAAACCACCUGAAGGCAUGGCCGCCUUGCCGGCAUCACCGGUCGUGCCGACAGCCGAUGUCGUCUGGCUAGACAACAGCAGAAGAGUGACGCUGAUUCCAAACAGCGGCGGCGGAGUUCAUACUCGCCGGGGCGCUGCAAACCUUGCCGCCGUCUCGCCGCCUACCAGCUACUUUGUUUGCACAAGGGAUCCAUUGAUAAAACUGGUUCGAGCGGGAACUCAGAGUGUGCAUGUCAUCACCAGUCUUCCACCUGGUGGAGACCCGUGUAGCAUUUUGGAUAAUGUACCUUCAGUGGGCUCCUUUGCGCAGCGGAGCGGUGAGGCGGUGACAAGAGGGUCAAAUAUCACCUCAUCCUUUUCGUCUCCCUCCUGCUUCUCGAGGCCACGGGAGGGAUUGAAUGGUGACAGCGAGGGCGAGGGUGGGGAAGAAACGGGGAUGGGUGAUGAAGAAGAGCUGGAGGAAGCAAAUGGCACUAAUGCCGACGCUCGUGCCGCCUCCUGCAGGACACAACCCCCAAAUAAGGUGGACGCGUCGACGAAUUCGGUGGAAUAUGGAGGCACAGAGGCAGAUGUCGGCAAGGGAAAAAAGAAUGCAACAUCGAAAAAGUCAGGUAACGCCACACCGGCAGCAACGCCAGCAGCAACAGCGCCACCCACACGAAUAGGUGUUCUUUCUCCAGCACAGGCGAUGCUACCGCCGCCCUAUCGACGGAUGCGUCGGCUGAAGCGGAAGUUGCACAUCACCGAAGAAACGCCUGCGUUUGCCAUUCACAGUGAACUCCGCGACAAGAUGCCACAACUUUUUCCAAAAGCCCCCUUUUCCACAGAGGAAGACGUAUUGCGCUCGACAAUUGAUUGGCGUGACGACAUGACGUUGAUGUACACCCGUCUUCUGUGGGAGUUUGCACCUGACGAGUUUCUCAAGAGAGCUUUACAAAACCAGCAACAAAAUGAUAAUGAGGAUAUCAAAAAGCCGAAAUUAACUGAGAAUUUAUUACCAUUGCACUCUCUGGAGGAGCAAGAGGCGUAG